AUGACGCUUCGGUCUCAGGGAGAAUUAUCAAGCAGCCGAACCAUAGCGCACACGAUCUGGACGUCAGGAAGCACGAUCCUUCGCGGCAAUGUCAACCGCGGUAAAAGGACCAACACUGGCAGCACUGCACUUGGCGCUACAACCGCCACUGCUGGUGCCGCGGCUACAACCUCUGAUGCUGGGUCCAUCGCUGCUAACACCGCAGCUACGGGAUCGGGGUGCGCGACGUCGGCGCUGGAGGGGUUCGCGUGGUCGGCGGCGCUGGGGUCCACUGGACUCACGCUGCAUUGGCGCGCAGUGGACUCGUCGCGCCUCGCCUUGGCGCUGGAAGCGGCGGGUGGCAGCGCGGCGGCGGCGGGGUGGUUCGCCGUGGGAUGGUCGGCGACGGGCCGCAUGGCGGCGUCCGACGCCGUGGUGGGCAAUCUGGCGGGCGGCGCCGUCCAGGCGGUGUACAUGAGCGGCACGGCGCAGAGCGACGUUCAGCCCACAAGCAGCUUCGAUAUUGGCAACGCGCAGCUCGCCACGUCACCCUCGGGAUCCACCGUUCUCAAGUGCGUCGGGCGCUGGUUUGUGAUGUUGCGGUUCAACCGGUCGGCGGGAGAUGGCUCGGUGGCGGUGAGCAUGCAGGGCAGCAACACACUCGUGUGGGCGCACUCUAGCGACGGCUCGCAGUCCCUCGGCUUCCACGCCGACUAUGAUGGCGCGCUGCAAGUGGACUUCGCGUGCUCCUCUGCCUCGUCCGGAGGGGGAGGGGGUGGCGGCACUGGCGGGGGCACGGGGGGAGGCACUGGCGGAGGUAGCAGUGGUGGUGGCGGAGGAGGCGGAGGAAGGGGAGGCGGUGGGGGGGACUGCAGGAGAGGGCUUGGGGGCGGACGUGGGGGGCCUGGUGGGGGACAGGGGGGGCCUGGGGGAGGGCAGGGCGGACCUGGGGGCGGGCAAGGGGGGCGUGGUGGGGGACAGGGGGGAUUUGGGGGCGGACAGGGCGGUUCUGUUGGGGAACAGGGCGGACCUGGGGCCGGGCAGGGGGGAGCUGGGGGCGGCAAUGGUGGUGACAACAGCAAUGGGGGGAGCUACAGCGGCGGUAAUGGCGGAAGUGACUACAGCGGAGGCAACACUGGUGGUUACUACAGCGCAGGAGGUGGAGGGGGAGGGGCUGGUGGGGGUGCUGGUGGGGGCUGUGGGGGAGGACAAGGGCAAGGCGGGGGACCUGGGGGACAGGGGGAAGGUGGGGGAGGGCAGGGCGGACCUGGUGAGGGACAGGGGGGCCCUGGAAGCGGGCAAGAGGGAGCUGGAGGCGGGCAGGGGGGGCCUGGGGGGGAUUAUGGUGGGGGGAGCAAUGGUGGUGACUACGGGGCUGGUAAUGGCGGUGGUGACUAUAGUGGGGGGAAUGGAGGGGACUACAACACUGGUGAUGACUACAGCGGGGGGAACACUGGAGGGGGCUAUGGUGGCGGCAAUGGUGGUGACUAUAAUGGAGGGAGCUACACUGGGGACUACAGUGGGGAUUACAGCGGGGGGAUGGGCGGCAGUCAGGGCGGCAGUCAGGGCGGCAGUCAGGGCGGCAGCCAGGGCGGCCCAUCUGGGGGUUUAAAUGGCGGGGGAGGCAUGGGCGGUGGUGCUGCUGGCGGUGGCAUGGGAGGGCCUGGGGGAAUGGGCGGAGGUGGGGGUAUGGGAGGGGGCGGAGGAAUGGGAGGGAGCGGGGGAAUGGGAGGGGGCGGGGGAAUGGGAGGACCUGGGAGUGGUAUGGGCGGAGGAGGAGGGAUGAGGGGAGGGAGAGGGACGGGCGGAGGUGGAGGUAUGGGAGGAGGAGGCAUGGGGGGAGGAGGCAUGGGGGGAGGAGGCAUGGGGGGAGGAGGCAUGGGGGGAGGAGGCAUGGGGGGAGGAGGCAUGGGGGGAGGAGGCAUGGGGGGAGGAGGCAUGGGGGGAGGAGGCAUGGGGGGAGGAGGCAUGGGGGGAGGAGGCAUGGGGGGAGGAGGCAUGGGGGGAGGAGGCAUGGGGGGAGGAGGCAUGGGGGGAGGAGGCAUGGGGGGAGGAGGCAUCGGGGGAGGAGGCAUCGGGGGAGGAGGCAUGGGGGGAGGGCCUGGCGGUCGUGGAAGGCAUUGA